ACAACAUACACUUCUGGUACAGUUAUUGGAGUUUAUCCGACAUCUGCAAACUGCAGAAGCGACAUAUAUCUGCGGCAAACAAUGCGCUCAUGAGGAACAUAUGGGCUUUCGUCGCCUUGUUGCGACUGGCCGAUGCCAGCUCGCAUGCAUUCAACGUGCUGGAUGACCUGCUAUCGUAUCCCCAAUAUGAGAUCGUGUUUUCGGACGACGUUAUUGCUGCCGACGACCCAAAGAGUCUUACACGAUCCGGACUCACUCCCUCCACGUCAUACCUCCCCGAACAUUCACAGUCAGCGAAUCUGCAGGACACAGCGGAGUCGCGGAAAGAGCCGGAAAUCCGUGACUAUGAGCUUAUGAACCUCCGCGGAAUCGAGUACCUCUGCAGCAUUCCUGUGGUCAAUCCUCCGAAUACUACAAAGGAGGAACACUCGCCGGAAGAGCAGAGCAGUGAGCUUGUUCGGGCGACUGCUCGCGGAUGGGAGCUCGUGAAGGAGAUGGAAGGGCAGUGUAUCUAUUUCGUCUCAGGAUGGUGGUCAUACUCAUUCUGCUUCAAUGAUGGCGUGAAGCAGUUCCAUCCACUUUCCACAGAAAGGGGCGGCCCGGCGUAUCCGCCCAUCGAGGACUCGUCCGUGGACAGCUAUGUCUUGGGUGUUUUUCCUGAGCCAAGUGAUGGAAAGGGGUACACUACCUCACGCCGGCAGAGUGAAGAGACUGGGCUGGCGAAGCUUGAAACCAGAGGCGAGAAAAGAUAUUUGGUGCAGAAGCUGGGGGGGGGAACCCAGUGCGAUUUGACCGGGCGAGAGAGGCGGAUAGAAGUCCAGUUCCAUUGCUCACCUCAAGCAGCGGAUCAAAUCGGCCUUAUCAAAGAGGUUGCCACGUGCUCUUAUCUCAUGGUCAUCAAAACCCCCCGCCUCUGCAACGAUAUAGCCUUCCUUCCUCCGAAAAAAGAAAAGCCUAAUCCGAUCACUUGUCGAGCUGUUCUCCCCGAAGAAGAGCUAAAGGAGUUUGAGGCUAUGCAGCAGGAAGCCCAGCAGCAAGCGUCUCAAAGUCUGGUGGAUCUACAAACAGCACUGGAACAAGCACCGCCCAAGUAUCCCAUCGCUGGCGGGGUAGAGAUCGGUGCGAAGAAAUGGGUUGGGAUGGAGGGGAAAGUCCUAGAAAAGGGCGAGAUCCUCGGCGGCGGAACGGCGACAUUUAUAACGACUGUGGCUUCAAGCAAGGGAGUCAACCUAACCCCAGCCGAACUGAAGAAGUUGAAGAUCACAAACACCGAUGAGCUCGAAAUUAUGAAGGCGGGGAUCGAGCGAGCCGCUCGUGAUCAUGAGUGGAAGAUUGAUCUUUACGAGGUGCGGCGGGGAUUGGAAUACCGUGCGGAGAUCAAGCCGAAGAAGAAGACUGGAGCGAAGAAAGAUAAGGAAAGCCAAAGUGAAGGGCAGAAUGGAAAUGAGAGAGAUUCCGAGCCGCUCAAAGAGGAGGAGGAGCAGGAAGGCAGCGAGGAGACAUACAAAGAGGAGUUGUAGCCAAAGAUGGCUUUGGAUAGAUGUCUGCCUUCGAGAUACCUUGUCCAGGUAGCUUAUACCCAUUUUGAUAUUGUUCCAUUAUUCCAGAGUUUGUGUUCAAGCCUGAAGUUCAGGACACUGGGCUUGAAUCACAUCAGCUGCCUCUUCACGCUUGUAGCUUAGUUGCCACAUCCAUCACAUGCGGGACUGGUCCAUAAGACUCAUGUGUUCCCAAGUAAAGUAUUGCUUCUGGAGACAACAAUCGACGUGCCUACAACCAGGU